UUAUCGAGAUUAGUCUAAUCACGAUUUAACAAUAAUAUUUUUAAAAUGUUGGAAAUAAAAAAUAUUAAAGUUAAUUAUUUAGGUAAUAGGUAUUAGGAAUCCGAUAUUUACAAAUCUGCAAUAACGUGAUCUGGGUAUCUGCUAUAGUGCUGUCUAAAAAGUUACAACAUGCAAAGUAUGAUGAACUGAUUUUAAAACUACAAACACCUAAGAAACUGAAACUUCUUGUUGAAACGAAAACAUUUUAAAUUGUUAUAGAAGAGUAAAACCAACAGUAGUUCUUAAUUGAAUAAUUAAUUUUUAGUACUUUAUACGAUAAAGGGAUAAAAUACUGAACAAUGUACAUACUAAUACAUUAGUUAUUCAUUUCUUUAUUCAAUUACAAGUGAAAUGUGAUUAAUUUGUGUAGCAGUGAUAAAUCUUUAACAUGUUUGAACUUGAAGAUUUUGAUUUAGACGAUGAAGUAUUUCUUAAUACCCAGAUGCCUCCAUUUGUUGGUACAUCACCAAUAAAAUCAUCAAAUUCAAAUCUGGUUACUUCAAAUUUUGAAGAUGAUGACGAAAUAUUCUUAAAUGUAUCAAAUUCAGUUUUUGAAUUGGAAUCUUCACACUCUGAAGAUAUUAAAGUAAAAAAUAAAAUAACUGGGGAACAAAAUAAAAAUAAUGAUAAUUCUCAAAAUAUGCUUGAAACCCAAUCCAAAUCAGGAAUUACAAAACCAUUUGAUGAAAGUCUGCAAAAUACAAAGAAAUUAAAUUUUGAUGAUGAUUUUGAUUCUGAUGACGAAAGUUUUUUCAACACUUCCCAUGUAAUACAAAGUACUUGGAGUUCAUUAAAAAACAAUGUCGGUACAGCUAAAUUUGAUUAUAAUGAUGAUCAUAAUGAGGUUUCAAUUGUCAACUCUGAAAUUUGCGAGAUAAAAUCUUCAAACAUAAAAAGUUUUAAUAAAUCAAACUGCAAUAGUUAUCUUAAUACAACUAUUACUAGUGUUAAAAUGAUGACUCCAAAAGGUACUUCUAGAAAAUUUCCUGGACCUGCUGGUUUACUUUCAGAAAAUGAAGAUCUUUAUUCAGAAGAUCCUUCAAACUUGGAAUCUUUGGAUAGGUCAAUUAACAUUAGUGAAAAUGAUAACAAAGAAGAGAAUUUGUGCAUUCAAGCAAGUGACUCGUCUUUUUCUUCAUCACCAUAUCAACAAUUCCUAUCAGAUUUUUUCACCACUGACAUUGAUAUUUUACUAGAUAAAUUUAAUGUGGCAUGGAUAAAACAGAAACUGCUACCGUACACUGCGUCUGGUCGUUUUUUCACGGAUAAAAUACCAUUUUUUGUUUCUGUUUUGAAAGAAAUUGAUUGUUUAUCACCUGAUCCAACAGUUCUACUUGCUGACAAAACAGGAUUUAUCAGAGGAACAAUUCAUAGAGCUGUUUGGAAUCAAUUUAGCUGUCAGUUAAAACUAGGGGCUGUUUUAGUAUUAUCCAAUGUUGGUGUUUCAUGUCAAAAAAUACUCAAAGGAUUUACACUAAAUAUUACUAGUGAUCAUUUGGUUGCCAUUUACAGUUAUUCUUCUGAAGAUGUUCAAGAAGUAAUUGUUACUCGAACAACAGAUAUGACAAAUGAAGAAAUUGUCAAUGGAGCCAAACAAUGGAAUGCAUUUAAUGUGGAAGCUUCAAAUAAAAAUUCUCAUUCAGUGAUACUUAAAAGUCGGAUGAAUCCGCUUAAUAAUUUAAAAUUACACAACAUUUUGACAGAUCAUAGUUCUCAACCAUCAAAUGCCAACUACCAAAUCACAAAUAAUACUCAUGGCCAAUCAACACCUGUUAAAAUUUUAUUCAAACCAAAAACUUCUAUAGCUCACAAUUUAUUUAAAAGUGUUCCUACUGUUUCUAAUAAUUUUCCAGAAGAACCACCAACCAAACGGACGAGAAAUGAAUUUAAAACUGAAGAUCAAUAUUCUAAUAAUGAUACCUCUAUUAUUCAAAACAUUUUUGAAGGAAUUGAUGAAGAUGAAAUGUUUAAUGAUUUUUGUUGUUAAAACCUAUAUUGAGCUUCACAGUAAUUUAAUUGCAAAGGUGCUGUUUAAUUUAAUUUGAUUGUAGUUUGUAAAAGUUUUUUUUGUUUUGUAAUACAAAUUGUAUUGUUAGUGAUAACAGUCUAAUUCCACUGUUGAUUUCAUACUUUAUUGUACAUUAUUCUUUGUGUCUACAGUCUACAUCUUUGAUAAAUAAUUUUUUACCUUUAUAAUAAUAUUAAACAAAAUAAUGAUUGAAAGUAAUAUAAAUUGUUUCAAUUGUAUUUAAGA